CUAUCUAUCUCUAUGAGCCAGCUGUGUCAGAUGAAUAGAGAGAAAUAGGGUGUCAUUUGUUCAGAAACUUACUCUAACGUUACAAUUAUUGAAUUGUCAUCGAAAUAUUUGAAUAAUGGAUUUAAACAGUAUCCUGUUGCAGCUUGAAACUGACAAUGAAGAGGACAUUGAAAGGCUUUUGCACCAGUACAACGGAGAGAAUAAUCUAACAUUCACCUUUGACCCAAAAGGGGAGGAUCUACGAAGUAGGCUGUGUCAGGGCCUACUGACUGUGCUGGGGAGGCAGGUUGGGCCCCGCUGUCAGAGUACCUGCCUGGAGACCCUCCGCAUUCUGUCCCGAGACAAGCGGGUCCUGGGCCCUGUGGGAACCCAGGAGGGCAUGCUGGUCCUGGCCGGGCUGGCACGGUUGCGGGGGGGAGCGGAAGGGGGUGACAGCCUGCAGGGGGAGGUCCAGAUAGAGGAAAAAGAGAGGGUAGUGGUGGAGGCCCUCAAGUGCCUGUGUAACGUGGUGUUCAACAGCGCAGCGGCGCAGCAGGUGGGCGCCGACGUGCAGCUGGCACGGGGUCUGUGUGCCCGCCUGCACGCCGCCCGCACUGGGCGCCACGAGGUGGGCCUGUUCUCUCUGCGCCUGCUCUUCCUGCUCUCUGCGCUCCGACCAGACGUCCGGGGGGCACUCCGGAGGGAGCUGCGUGCCGUGGGGCUCCUCAAAGAGGUGCUGGAGUGUACCCUGGAUGUACGCUGGGUGGGCCCCUACGAGGCGGCCCCUCCGGACUCCCAGGCCCUGCCCAUCCCUGCUGAAGACAACGAGAGGGCCAUGGAGGCCCUGAAAGCCCUGUUCAACCUCACGCUGUCUGACACUAGCGACGAGGAUGGUGACCACCAGCUCCGCCUCAUCACCGCCAUCAUGCGCCAUCUAUUGAUGCUAAAGACUCAGACAGAGGACAAAACAGAGGAAGCACACAGCCACGCGAUCAAUUUGCUUAGUAACCUGCCUGUGUCUUGUCUGGAUGUGCUGAUUGAUUUGCCCGUCCAGGGGGGCCAGGAGGAGUACAGCGGGAAGAACAUGGACAUUGUGCAGGUGCUACUGGACUUCAUGGAGAAGAGGAUAGACAAGCAGGGCGCCAACUACAAAGAGGGGCUGACCCCAGUUCUCAGCCUGCUGACCGAGGGCUCCAGGUACCACAGGGAGAUCCGCAGAUACAUCAAGACACAGGUGCUGCCCCCUCUGAAGGAGGUCAAGGUCCGGCCGGAGAUCGGGUCCACCGUCAGGAACAAGCUGGUGCGUCUCAUGACCCACGUGGACAUGGGUGUGAAGCAGAGCGCAGCAGAGUUCCUAUUUGUCCUCUGCAAAGAGAACGUGGACAACCUGUUGAAGUACACAGGGUAUGGUAACGCAGCAGGACUCCUGGUGGCUCGAGGCCUGCUGGCAGGGGGGCGAGGAGAGACAAAGUAUUCAGAUGACGAAGACUCCGACACUGAAGAGUACAAAUCGGCUAAACCUUUCAUCAACCCCAUCACGGGCCACGUGGAGGAACCCUUGCCUAACCCCAUAGAAGAGAUGACUGAGGAGCAGAAAGAGUACGAGGCCCAGGAACUAGUCAACAUGUUCGACAAGUUGUCAAGGCAGCAGCUGAUUAGGCCCAUGGGGGUGAGGCGGGAUGGCUCACUGGCGCCCCUAGAGGAGGCUCUGAGACAGCCCACGACUGACAGCUGCAGCUCAGACUCAGACUAGAGCCACUACCACCCCAGACCCCAUAUACCUAUAAUAGGCUGUGUCCAACACAGUUCCCCUUUCCUCACACCCCUGUCUGUCUGUCUUCUUCUGUCUGUCAGACUGACGGGACCUUGCCCCGGCCUUUCCUCACACCCCUGUCUGUCUGUCUGUCUUUGUCUGUCUGUCAGACUGAAGGGGCCUUGCCCCAUAGGCUGUUCUGUUCUCUAAAGCUGACUUAUGCCUGACUUGAUACGACACAGGAAAGGACAGGAUUAAGGUCGAGCACAUGUUCCGACCACACCAUUGUUACUACUUAAAUGUAUGUUUAUUUGAUGUACCAUUUCUCUGCUCAGUGUUCUCAAAUUUGAUAGAAUGGAAGAUUAGCUCUUAAUCAAAUUGUACUGUAAACUGUAUAGAUGUGAAUCACUGAAAGCAUGGUAGCCGGGGUGGGGUUUGACCAAAUUGUACUUGGAUAAGAAAUCAUUCCUUAGAUAUAAUUAUGUUGGUUUUGUAUUUUAUAUGUUGAAAGUGUCAAUAUUUAUAAGGAUGAGAAGUCUUUUUUCUUUUUUUUGUAACAUCUAGUGCUACGAUGAUCAGAGUAGUAGCCACUGGUUUUACAGUACCAGUCAAAAGUUUUUUCUUUAUUUUUAAUAUUUUCUACAUUGUAGAAUAAUAGAAGACAUCAAAA